AUGGCGUCAAAGUUCGAGCUCCCACGAAAGUCAUUCGAAGACGACACCAGUAAUGACCGUCUUUUGCAAGACGAGCCGAACGGUUUCCCUGACAAGCAGCACCAUAUGUCCGAGUUCCGUAGAACAUUACUCAAAUACGCUUUUAUUAGUUCUACGACAUUGACAAUUCUCCUCCUAUCAAUCACCACAUCCACACUCCUCCUCCAAAAAUUGCAUUUCACUCCCAACUCUUCCCGAGCCACCACACCCCAAAUAUCCCCAGGAAAUAUCCUCAACUGCGGCACAUCUCCAUCACAAGCCCGUGCUCUAAAUUGCAUCUUCGACAUAAUGGACUACAGCUGGACUCCCAAACCAUGCUUUCACGCCUCCCUCUCCCAGUACUACCUUGACCUAGCACUCUCCCGCAACCUAACAUUCCACCUCACCUCCUCACAAUCCAAGACUCUCCCCACAUCCGAAGUGUUAGCCGGAAAACACGAAUACGUAUUCACCACCCGGAUCUUCCACACGCUACAUUGCGCAUACUUCUUGAACCGGCAAACAAGCGUGUUGAUGGACGGCUUAGCGACGAGUCUGAUGCGCAACGCGAGUUAUGGCGUGCAUUGCCUGAACGAGGUAAUGGAGCCAGGUAAUGCGGAGGAGGAGAUUUUCGCAGGGUUUCAUUACGAGAGGUGUGCGAUGGGUUUGGGGUAUUUGGAGCCCAGUGCGAGAAGGAGGCCGAAGGGGAAGGGGUUGGGGAAAGUCGUUGAUGGAGGGGCGGGGAACGCGUUGAAAUUACCGGACCCGCCGGCGGUGUAA